GGAGGGACGCCCAUGAUCCUGUACGUCACUGCUCCGUGCCGGAAGACUAUUUUCGAGUUCUCUUCUCUCAGCAUCUAUCUACCUCUUCCCCGCGUCCAUAAGAUCCCGGGAUAUGAGCCGGAAGAGGCAUCGCCUGGUCCCGGAGACGUUUGGACUGAAGAGGCGGAGGGAGCAAGGGGACGCGGAGGCAGAUCCUUUGCGGUGCGAGUCAGGGUCUGCGCGCGCGGCAGUCGGGGAGCUAGUGCGGCUGUUCCCGCGAGUCCUGUUUGAGGAUGCGCUACCGCCCAUCGCGCUGAGGAGCCAGGUGUACAGCCUCGUGCCUGACCGGACGGUGGCUGACCGGCAGCUGAAGGCACUUCAGGAGCAGGGGGAGAUCAGAAUUGUCCAGCUAGGCUUUGACUUGGACGCCCAAGGAAUCAUCUUCACUGAGGACUACAGGACCAGGGUCCUCAAGGCUUGUGAGGGCCGCCCAUAUGCUGGCGCAGUGCAGAAGUUUCUGGCUUCAGUGCUUCCAACCUGUGGUGACCUUAGUUUUCAGCAGGACCAAAUGACACAGACCUUUGGCUUCAAGGACCCAGAAAUCACGCAGCUGGUGAAUGCCGGGGUCCUCACUGUCCGAGAUGCUGGAAGUUGGUGGCUAGCUGUGCCUGGAGCUGGGAAAUUCAUCAAGUAUUUUGUUAAAGGGCGCCAGGCUGUCCUCGGCAUGGUCCGGAAGGCCAAGUACCGGGAGCUACUCCUUUCGGAGCUCCUGGGCCGGCGGGCACCUGCCGUGGUGCGACUCGGCCUCGCCUACCACGUGCAUGACCUCAUUGGGGCCCAGCUGGUGGACUGUGUCUCCACCACUUCUGGAACCCUCCUCCGCCUGCCAGAGACAUGAGGAUUCCUCUCGUCGUUGCACACCUCCCCAGAGUGGGGAGCGAGGGGCCCAGGAGUGCUGCCCCGCCCUGGCUGAGACAGGGUCCCCUUGGGAAGGCUUGGGAGCCAGGAUGAGUGUUGGGCUUGCGUCUGUGCAGAGGGUCAGAUGUGACUGCUGUUGUUUACCUGGGCUCUGACCCAGUGUGGGGUUUGGGCAGUGCUCCUCUGCCCUUUCAUGGAAGUGGAGCCAGAAACCGUGCCAAGGCCAUGGCUGCCGCCUUUCACGCAGCAAGGUGCUGCCACGUUCUGUCUGGGGAAGCUGCUGAAGGAGGACUGGGUUCUUUUCCCUACAUGUUGGGUUGAAGCUGCCAAAUAAAGUACUUCUGCCU